AUGUCCGCUUAUCAGCUGUUUCCGCAAGGAUCCUUGGGCCGCAACGGCCAAACGGCCUUGCACGUGGCAGCGUUGCAAGGACAUUUGGAGGUGGUCAAGGUGCUUUUGAGCACGCAGAGCUUUGAAGAGGAGGUUGAUCGUCGUGACAGGUGGGGUCGCACAGCCCUGCACUUGGCCGUGGAGCAACACCACAGCGAAGUUGAGCAUCCAGCCUUCAAUAGCUUUGAUGCCAAGAGCGCCUGGGGGCGAUCCGCCUUGGAUUUGGCCGACAGCAACAUGAAGGAUGACUUGACCGCUGCACAUCAAAGGAACUUGGCGAAUUUGGGAAGUCCUUUGGAGAUCCUGAUGGUGGCGGAGAAGCCCUCCAUCGCAGCGACGCUCACCGAGGCACUUUGCCCUCCACAGAAUGGCGCCCAAAAGCGCAAGGGUGUGUCGCCAAGCUCGCCGGUCCACGAGUACCGUGGCAGCUUUAUGGGUCGUGCAAGCAGGUUUCGUGUGACGGCGACCACUGGUCACGUCUACUCUCUGGAUUUUAGCCAGGACUGCCCAAUCCAGCGCGGCCCGGACGUGCUCUUUAGCGCCCAGACGGUCCGCACUUAUGACCCCCGUGGGAACAUUCCAGCGCAUAUUGCUGAAGAAGCCAGGAACUGUGACCUGCUGAUUCUUUGGUUGGAUUGCGACCGUGCAGAGCUCGGUUGGUUCCGGCUUGAACUGGGACUCCCAACUUCAAAGCAAUUGGACUCCCAACUGGACCGGGGCUCCUUUGGUGUUUUUAUUGGGACACCCCGGAACUCCUUGGCUCCUCAGGACCUUCAGGCAGCAAUGACUCAGCUGGCGCAUCCUAAUCAAAACGAAGCGCAGUCAGUGGAUGCGCGCCAGGAGCUGGACUUGCGCGUGGGCAUCGCCUUUUCCAGGCUGCAGACCAUGUACUUCCGAAAGCACUUUGGCCACCAACUUGGAAAGCAAAUGGUCACGUACGGGCCCUGUCAAAUUCCCACUUUGUGGUUCUGCGUUCAUCGGCAUGUGCAAAUUGAAGCCUUUGUGCCAGAGCCCUACUGGCGCCUGGUAGCCACACUGCCAGCAGGGCAGACGAGCUUCCAAGCGCAUUGCCAAAUGGGGAAGAUCUGGCAGGAGAAUGAGGCCCGCGUCUUGCUGCAGCGAGCACGAGCCUCCGAGUCCGCGGUGGUCACGUCGCAACGAAGCUGGCUCAGCUCCUAUCGACGGCCACGGCCUUUGAAUACCGUGGAGAUGCUGAAAAUGGCCUCCCAGGUUUUAGGGCUGGGUCCUGACGAUGCCCUUCACGUAGCGGAAGCCUUGUACCUGAAAGGCAUUCUCUCAUAUCCGCGCACCGAGACAGACAAAUAUCCCGAGAACUUCGACCUGGAAGGAACGGUUCGCAGCAUGGCAGAACCCAACCUCCCAUGGGCGCAGUUCGCGCAGCAGCUGGCCACCUCUGGUUUGACCGCACCACGGGAGGAUGGUCAUGACGUCGGUGAUCAUCCACCCAUCACACCGGUGAAAUGUGCCAGUCGGAGCCAGUGUGGCUCUGACGCGCACUGGGCCCUUUACGAAGAGGUUUGUCGUCACUUCCUGGCCACCGUCUCCCCAGAUGCCACGCUACGAGAGGCGGAAGUGCAGCUGCAGCUGGGCGACGUCGCCUUCAGCGCCACCAGUGGACGGAUGACCUCCUUCGGCUGGGCGCGGGUGGCACGGGUGCAGCUCCAGGACACUGGUGCAGUGGAUCUCAGUGCUGGCUUUCAGCAAGGAGACGUGCUGAGACUUCAAGACGUCUCGCUGCGGCAGCACUUCACGGAGCCUCCGCAGCACUUGACCGAGAGCGAGCUCUUGGCCUUGAUGGACCAGCAUGGCAUUGGCACCGAUGCUUCAAUGGCCUCACAUGUGGGGAACGUCCAACGAAGGAAGUACGUCCAACUGGAUGAGCAGACCCGGCAGAUGAAGCCUUCUGAGCUGGGCUUGGCCCUGUGCCAUGCAUAUAUGCUCAUCGAUCCCGAGAUAGUGCUGCCUACAGUGCGCGCUUCCAUUGAAAAUGCCUGUGCACGAGUGGCCCGUGGUGAAGCACGGAAAGCCCAAGUGGUGGAGCAAAGCCUCCGGACCUUUAAGAACAAGUUCUUUGGCUUCGCCCGACAAAUUGAUCGGGUACCGUUAAUGCUUGCCGUGGCCCACAGCCUGAGCGGCCGCGCCGGUGGAUCUGCGUCCCAAGGACGUGCUGCUGGCCAAAGCUUGGCCCUUUGGCAGGAGGCCGCCGGUCGAACUUUGAGCGUGUCCCUGGAGGAGCUACUGGACCUCAAGGAGCACGUGGUCGUGACCGAGGCGCCCGAAGGAGCUCUCUUCGACAUUCAGGAGGUGAUGCGAAACAGUGCUACUGUCCAGCAAGUUCAGGAAGCGCUGGAAGAGCUUGGCUUUGGCUCUGCAGAGGCGUUGCAGAGUGGUGUGGCAGGAGGUGGAGGAGGCCAACAAGGGAAAGGCAAAAAGCGCAGCAAGAGCGGCAAAGGCAAAGGUGGCAAAGGAGGCUGGCAGUAG